AUGAAAGUACUCGACUAUAUCCUAGCUAUGACCAAAUCGAUGUCUAACGACAAAGUCGUUUUGGUCUCAAACUACACACAAACAUUGGACCUAUUCGAGAAACUCUGUCGGUUAAGGAGAUACCAGUUUGUUCGCUUGGAUGGCUCGAUGACUAUCAGAAAACGGCAGAAAAUCGUGGACCGUUUCAACGACCCUAGCGGAGGCGAUUUUAUUUUUAUGUUAAGUAGCAAAGCCGGGGGUUGUGGCUUGAAUCUCAUUGGUGCAAAUCGAUUAGUGAUGUAUGAUCCUGACUGGAAUCCGGCCAAUGACGAGCAAGCGAUGGCCAGGGUCUGGAGGGACGGACAGAAGAAGAAAGUUUAUAUCUACAG